GCUCAGCCCAGCUCCAGCUCCUCAGCUUCAGGACCCCUCACUAACUAACUCUACCCUCAACCUUAACCUUAGCUUCCUUUUCAUCUCCUUCACCAACUCUACUUCUUCCCAAAAUGUCCUCCCGCGGCGUCCCAGAAGUCCUCUUCAAAAAAGUAGACGAAUACGUCGACUCCCUCGCUCCCCAGAUCCAACCCCGCAUCACCUCCGAGCUCGAGACCUUUCAGCAAAAGACCAUCGACAGCCUCGAAGAUAAAGUUGUCGACGCUUUCCGAUCGCUCUUCAACAAAGAUAAAGAUUCCUCGUCACGAAGUCCCUUCGAUCUUAAAGAUGAUGCGCCUGAUGCCUACGGUGGACAGAGUCUCCCGUUUGCAGACGAGUUGGCCAAGUUGACGAGGAGCUUUACAAAAAUUACUGAUGAGGCGGGGGAUGAUUUACGGGAUAUUUUCGAUAUUACGGAGGGCAGAGGAGGAGGGCAGGAUACGAGAUCGAGAGGGGGGGAGACGGCGAGGGGUGGAGGUGGUGCGAAGGGGUUCUUGUCUGCUGCUUUUGACGCGGUGCAGGAUCAUCUUGAGAACAAUAAUGGCAGGGGAGGAGGCCAAGGUUUCGAACUCGAUGGUCUGCUUGGUGUGAUAAGCAACACUGUUAAAGACGCCGCACGAAACCCCGAGGAAAAGGCACGCAUGAUCAGCCCCGAGAUCAAAGAACAAGUCGGCGCCAAACUCCGCGAACAACAUGCCCCGAUCGCAGAGCAGUUCACGCGCAUUGCCCUCGACCACAUCAAGCGCUGGCUACGAGGAAACACGAGCACCAAGGAUCUAGGCGAUGGUGUCAAGGGCGAGAUUGAAGAUCAGGUCAAGGAUCUCGUCAAGGGACUUGGAGGUUUGUUUGGGAACAAGAAGUCCAAUGAAGGUUCGGCGAGAGGGUUUGGCGAUGGAGAUCGUGAUGGUGAACGCGCUGAUGGCGAGAGCGGCGGUUUCUCAAAAGUCAUAAGUGACAAGCUCAGCACAGGCAUCGCAAGAGUCCACAGAGAAGUCCGUCUCGAAUUCCGCAAGAUUCUCGGCGGUAUUGAAAAGCAGCUUUUCGAAUUACUACCCGAUCAAUUCCAACGUCCUCUUGAGAAGAUCCUCGGUGGAAAUCCCUUCGAUACACAACUCGACCGCGACGCUGGGCCUGGCCAAGCAGAUAGAGGAUUUGGAGACGAUAUCAAGGCGAAGCUGGUGAACAAGAUCAGAGGGCUGGUGAGGAAGGUCCAGGAGACGCUGAGGGAGAGCAUUCUGGGGGUUGUUAAUGGUGGGCAUAGGAAGUUUGAGAGGCAGAGCUGGGUGUUUGUGCAGAAUAUGGUGGAGAUGAAGGUGCAGAAGUAUCUGCCCAAGGUCAAGAUCUCGGUGCCGGAUGAUAUUGGGAAUGAGGGUGUUAGUGUUGGGGCGCCGGCGCAAGCGAAUCUUGGUGGUUCGAAUGCGACUGUGCCGGCCUCACAGGGAGGUUACGAACGGCCGUCGGAGCAGCAUGGAGGGGGUUAUCAGCAGCCGUAUAAUCCCCCUUCGCAGUUUGGGGAUAAUCACCAGCCGAGCCAGGACUACAGACCUCAGCAGAGUCACGAUUAUAGACCUCCUCAGGGACAGGACUACAGGCCUUCUCAAGGGCAAGACUAUAGACCACAGCAGACUCAAGACUACAGACCUCAAGGUCACGAUGAGUAUCGACCUCAAGGGCAACAAGGCGAUUACCGACCACAACAUCAGUCCCAACAGGAUUACAGACCUCAGCAACAUGAUAACUACCGACCCCAGGACGAGUAUAGACCUCAGCAACAGCAAUCGCAUCAAGAGUAUCGCCCCGACCAAUACCCUCCGCCGCCACAGCAUCACUCAAGCCACUCUGGAGGAUACCAGCAGAACGAGGGCUAUCAGAACCAGGGUUACCAGCAAGAUCAAGGCUACCAACAGAACCAAGGUUACGGACAAGGCCAGGGCUACGGAAGCAACCCUCGCUACUAAAAGCGCAUGCCUACCACCAUCACAUGAACAUUUGCAGAUAAGCGAUGCAUUGCAGACUUACAAAACGUCAGAUACAUACAAGACCAGCACCGGGGUGCAUCUACGCCGAUGACUUGGGCGACGCUAGGUAGAUUGAUGAUGAAUGAAACGGCCAUCUCCAUGAUCUGAUCCCGUCCCCUGUUCUUUUGAAUUGACUUAUCAAUAUGCCGAACAUUCCGUCUCCCUCCUCCCGCUGACAGAUAACGCUCUAGAACGCUACCGAGACCCUGGAUCUGCCCCCACAAGAUCCUGAAUUCCCAUGCCUUCUGCCCAUCUACCUCACACUAAACCAUCAUAUCAUGAAAACACCACGGCAGAAAAACCCCGGCAAUCCCACCAUGUGAGACUUUGUAUCCUACGACGUGCAGAACAUACACCCAGGACCCUGCAUCACGAAAGAUCUCAGCCACUGGACUUUUUAUUUUGCGAUAUCACAUGACAUCCCGGUAUGCUUGGCACGGUGGUCUGAUUGUUUUGUUACGUAGGAGGAAACUUUGGGUACUGCGAGUGAUAUGAUAUGAUGCCUCCACGUGCCUGGGCUUUCGUCACAACGGCAUAAUUUAGAAGACCGAGGUAGCACUGGGAUUUGCUAUUCGUUUGGUUGAUGAUAGCUGCACACCCAGAGCAAAGCGCGGUCGAAGUCCGAAAUGUGCAUGGCAUUCUGCAACAUGGGAAAUGCGCGAUGCCUUCAAGGGUUCUUGAUUUCAGGGUCCUGGGAGUGUGAUGUGAUCCUUGUAUGCGGCUUUGGGGGGUGUGAGGGAACCUUUGAAAGGGACGUUUGGGAGGGAAGAGAGAAGUUUAGUUGGAGAACUCACGAUCUGAUCAUGAUGAUGUUUUUGAAGACAUCCGCGGAUGCCGCGAGAGUUUGAUGAUGGGAGACGUCAUGGGAUAGUGUCAUGGGAAGAAGGAAGCCGUGAUGUUCCGCCAUGAUAUGAGAAUUGGGAAUGCAAGGGAAGUAUCGCGGGGAUAUCUUGAGCCGCUUGAUGGGAGAGGCUCUGCGCUGCUAUGAUUUCAUCGUUACUUUGAGGUAGUGGCGACAAGCGUGCAGUCUGGAUAGGACGCUUUACUCAGCUGCUUGGGACAUCCAGACAAGAGCUGGUCGUUCAGCUGCUAGCAGUGAGCGUUGUCUGGGAUGCAUCUGAUGCUUCUCCUUGACUGAGCUCUUGCCCAAGUCAUAAGUUCCUGUACAUGAGCUUGUUAGUCGUUCCCGUGUCGAAGUGUAUUCUCAAUGUAUUGCGUAUUGUCUUCAUUGUAAGUUCCCUCGAGGAACUGCCUCAUCCUACACCAGCUUCCUCGCGCACACCCAAGUUCUUCAAACCUAUUACCUUCUCAUGCCAAAACACAAUGUGUAGAACCUUCACUCUAGUAUUAGUGAACUUGACAAAAACGCUCUUUUAUUAACAUUACUUAUAUCCUCCUCUAUCCCUCUACCUCUCAACCCACAACCCCCCAUUCCCAUAAACCUGAUCCCUCAAAACCCCAGCCUCACUCCUAACCCCAACCCAAUGUCUCGGUAUCCUAUCCAUCUCCCUCUGCACCGUCCCCGUCACAUCCCCCAACCGCUCCUUAAACCCCUUCUCGCUCUUAACAGCCCUGACCGCCGACACUGAAACUUCCGGCCCCCAGUUCUCCCGUCCCAGGCUCGCUGUCGUGGUCAUCACAUCGCGCGUGUGCUCCUCCAAAAACGCUUCGUUGCUGAGAUUUGGGGUGGAUGGGUGUAAAUGCCCCAUUAGCAUUACUUUCAUACGCAGAUCGAAGAAGAGCGUGUCGGAAAAGUCGUGGAGGAUGUGAACUGUUACUUUGUUGCGGAGAACUACGCCUGGAGGGGCGUUGCGCAGCGGUGCGAUGGUGACGAUUGCUUCGUGCCAGUCGUCGUCGAAAUCUUCGCUUUCUUUCGGUGGGAGGACGCGCGCCCACGCUGCAAAGACACCGCCCAUUCGCAUCUUGACCUCAUCGCCAACCUCACUCAGAUUCGCCGUCGGAACACCCACCUCCCUCGUCGAUAUCCCCGUCCCUCUAACGACUUUACCCGCAAACUUGAAAGGAAACGGCGCCUCAGGUCCCUCGUCACUCCCAAGUAUCGUCAACGGCUCCAUCGCCUCUCCCGAUAUCAACGGAUCAUAACGCCCCGCUUUACCAUUCUUCCAGCUCUCGCUAACUGCAUUUCCAAUUCCACUGCUUUGAUACGCUUUCGUAGCGACUUUCUUGAUAGUAGCGUUUGCAGGCGUGAGUCUCUUGGCGCCCUGUUCGACGACCACGCCUGCGACGCCGGUGUACUUCUUUGCUACCUGUGACCCGAUCGUGGUAGCGACUUUGAUGCCCAUUUCUAAAGGCAUGGUGCUUAGACUUGAACCGCGAACGGUGCUUACGUCUGUCGAUGUGCUGGCGAUGCGGAAGACGGGACUCCCGCAGAGGACUUUCUUCCCGUCGGCGUUGGAGCACAGAACGAGGCGGAAGUAACCAUCUGUCGCUGCUGCUGGUAUACGAAUGAUGUGUGUUUCUCUCGGGAUGUGCUUCUUCAUUCGCCCAGAGGCUUUCUUGACGAACCGCUUGAAAUCGCGCUGUAUACCGCGUUCUUCUGCCUCAGCGAUAUGUUCCACGCCUGUUUUCGUCGCGGGCGUGACAUCGAUCCAAGUCCCCGUCGUUCCCAUCAUGGCUUUAAGCGUCAUCCCCACGUUUCCUGAAUAUCCCUUCUGCUGUAACCACACAGUCCUCGUAGGCGGGAGAGGCUCAUCUGAGAGGAUGGUGAUGGGCACUGAAGUCGCAGGACCUCUGUACCAUAUCAAAGCGUGAGAGUGCCGAAUGAUACUGAAAUGCUUGUUGGACUCUGCGGGGUGACUUAUAAGCCCACCAGCGAAAUACUGCGCCUCUCCAAGCGCAGCUUUCCAUUUCGACGAAUCUUUCGGUUUAUCCUCUUGAGCGUCUAACCUCGCUGAUAGGGCAGAUGAGCUCUUGACUCGUCUAAUCUCAUUUGACGGCGCGGGACUCAAAGGCGCUGGGGUGAGAGAUGUUGGACUUGGAAUCUCAUCUACCACAAAGUCAACCUGAUAAUUCCCCCUCGGGUCCAGAAACCCCGACUGCUGCGGUGCAUGAGCGCCAGUGAGGUUCGUCGCCGAGCGGACCGGGCGUAGAGGCCGUGGAGGCGGAGGCGGUGCUAGGCCGGCGCCGAAUUCGGGACGGUAGGCACUGUAUUCCGGGGGCGGGGACGGAGUUGGCGGUGCGACGGGGCUUGGUCGCGCGUAGUAAUUUGGGUCAGACCAUUUCUCUGCGUCUGGAGUCGGAGGGAAAUACGGAUUCAUCUUGUCACCGAGUAGAGUAGAGUAGAGUAUUAGAGAGAGUAAUUUGGUUUGAGGUUCGAGAAGGGAAGGGAGAGGUAUGUAAAAGAUGAGCAUACGUGUUGGGUGGCCAAGAAAUUGCACCGUGUGGAUGGUCAGGGGUUUAGAUUGCACACAGUAUUCAGACAAAGAGUGUUUCUACGAGUGUUUCGACAUCAAAAACCAGGAUAAAAGAUUAAAAUCGCGGGGAUGAUAUUUAUAGAAUAUUUGUUGAUCUCUCAAAUAAGC